AUGAGUUCCUUAAGAUCCGUCUCGAGGACACUUCCUCUCUCCUCCUCCUCUUCCUCAGCCUCCAGGGUUUCUGCGCUGAAUGCAUCCGCACACCCGUAUGGCAGAUCGCCAGCUUUCCGGAGGUUAUUAUCGGGUCGUUUGGUGUCGCAGAGCAAUGAAUCAUCUAUAGCAUCGCUUUAUUUUUACACUACACCUGCGCAGAUACCCCUUCUACGCUCUCAAUUCCUCCCUUCUGCGAUACGGACAACCAUCGCGCCUCAGUCUCGUGCUUUUCACAUGACCCCCCCAAGCCGGCAAGAUGUGAAGCCCGAAACCAAGCACGAAAACAAAGCGCAAACGGACAGCGAGAAGAAGGCCGAGGGCGAAGAGGGUGAAAGCGACAAAAAAGAGGAAAAGAAGGAAGAUUUACCACCGCCACCUCCCCACGGUGACAAGACUCCAUGGCAGGUGUUCAUGGAGACCAUGCAGACCGAGUUCAAGGCGUCUAAAGAAUGGAACGACUCGACAAAGCAAUUGGCACAGGGCGCAACCGAUUUUGUGGAGAGCGAGUCUGUCCGACGAGCACGCGAGGCAUACGAGAAGACCACCGGCGCCAUGUCCUCGACUGCCGGAAAAGUGCUGAAGAACACAGCCGGUGCGGUGGGCAAGGGUGCGGCGUGGACGUGGGACACCUCAGUCGUCAAGGGGGUUCGCAAGGCGGCGAAUGCUACAGGCGAGGUCAUCGACAAGACCACCAAGCCGAUUCGGGACACCGAGGCCUUCAAGAGUGUGAAAAGCGUCAUAGACGACGGGAGCAGCUCGCGGUAUGGCGGUUGGGUGGACAAAGAGGAGCGGAGGAAGCAGAGGGAGCUUCGUGAGCAGCUGGACGGGGGCCGCAAGCCCGAGGUGAUCGAGGAGGACCCCAACGCUGGCACCAACAUCACCGUCCACAAGGACGCCCAAUGGAAGGAGGCGUGGAAAAACUUCAAGGACUCCAACAAGUUCGUACAGGGCGUCUUCGGCAUGAAGGACGUGUACAACGAGUCUGAAAACCCCCUCAUCCUCACCGCCCGCAGCAUCACCGACCGUGUGGCUGGGUUCUUCGCCGAGAACGAGACUGCGAUGGUUAUCAAGAAGUUCCGGUCCAUGGACCCUGCUUUCCAGGUCGAGCCAUUCCUGCGCGAGCUACGCGAGUACAUACUACCCGAAGUUCUCGACGCCUACGUGAAGGGCGAUGUGGAGACCCUGAAGCUCUGGCUCUCCGAGGCGCAAUACUCUGUCUACGAGGCCCUCACGAAGCAAUACCUGCAAGCCGGACUUAAAUCGGAUGGCCGCAUCCUCGACAUCAGACACGUCGAUAUACUCAAGGCUAGGAUGCUGGAACCCGGCGAGAUCCCUGUCUUCAUCAUCACCGCCAGGACACAGGAGGUGCAUGUUUACCGCAACGCGAAGACGAAUCAGCUUGCUGCUGGAAUGGAGGACAAGGUUCAGUUGGUCACGUACGCCAUUGGUAUUACAAGGACGCCGGAUGAUGUCAACAACCCUGAGACAAGAGGUUGGCGGUUGAUUGAGAUGCAGAAGAGCGCACGGGAGUAUAUUUGA